CUAGGGUCUGUGUGUGUUCCUACCCGAGUUACAAAACGCGGUGCACCGUCAAUGCGAGUAUUUUUAAUUUGCCAAUGGUCUGAUAUAAGCCAGCAGAGAUGCUGCUUAAAGACCUUCCCAGAGAGGCCCUGAUGCGGCCGUUGUCCAGGAAUGAAGUUGUGGGCAUGUUGGUGAGGUUGACCAUCUUUGGCGCAGCCACAUACUACAGCAUCAAAUGGGUUGUUGAAGCUAUGGAUCCUACUUUAAAACAGAAAAACCAGGCCAAGAAAAGGGCAGAACAGCUGAUGAAGAGGAUCGGCGUGGAAGGCGUCAAACUAACAGAGUAUGAGAUGAACAUUGCAUCUCACCUAGUCGAUCCACAAACUAUGAAGGUGUCCUGGAAAGAUAUAGCGGGUCUGGAUGAGGUUAUCAAUGAACUGCAAGACACCGUCAUCCUUCCAUUUCAGAAAAGGCACCUUUUAACUGGAUCCAAACUCUUUCAGCCGCCAAAAGGUGUUUUAUUAUUUGGUCCUCCAGGAUGUGGGAAGACCAUGAUCGCCAAGGCAACAGCCAAAGCCUCAGGGUGCAAGUUUAUCAACCUGCAGGCCUCCACACUGACAGACAUGUGGUAUGGCGAAUCACAGAAGCUGACUGCUGCUGUCUUCUCAUUGGCUGUCAAAAUCCAUCCCUGUAUCAUCUUUAUUGAUGAGAUUGAGUCAUUUCUAAGGAAUCGCUCCAGUCUAGACCACGAGGCCACAGCCAUGAUGAAAGCCCAGUUCAUGAGCCUGUGGGACGGUCUGGACACUUCCUUAACCACCCAGGUGAUGGUGAUGGGAGCUACAAACAGGCCGCAGGAUGUGGAUCCAGCCAUUCUGCGCAGGAUGCCUGCCACUUUUCAUGUUGGCCUCCCAAACACAAGACAGAGACAGGAGAUCCUGAGGCUGAUUUUAGCAGGAGAAAACUUGAGCAACGCCAUUAAUCUUAGAGAGAUUGCUGAGAAGACAGAAGGCUACUCUGGCAGUGACCUGCGGGAGCUGUGCCGCGAUGCCGCCAUGUACCGAGUGCGGGACUACGUCCGCAAGGAGCAGAUGAGGCAGAUCGCUCAGCAGCUACAGGACGACCAGGAGGAGGAAAAGCCUGUGGAUGAGGAGCGGUUGCGGCCGGUCACCCAGCUGGACCUCCUCUUCGGCCUGGACAAGAUGAAAGAAUCUAAGCGGGCCACAGCCUCCAUGUUAUCCACUGUGUCAGAGGUUCCCCUGGACUAAACAGCAACGCUGAUGGGAAACGUUUUCUUCUCACUUUUGUCCACAGUGUGUUCCAGCUCACCAAGGAGACGGACUCCUCCUCCAUGUCUGAGGUGCAGUUGGCCAAACUAACAGACAGCAAGACAGCCAUAUGUUUAUUAACCUUUAUUUAUUCAGGCAGGGGUAGUUCUGAGCAUGUUCAUUUUCAGCACAGCUCCACCACAUGUGUACAGUUACAAUACAGUCAGAAAUCUACAGUCUCCUCCUGCUGACACUGACAGCUCCACUGGAGUGAUUUACAGUCACUGCCUUGCUUAAGGGCGGCAUGACAGUAUGUUCGAAAGAGCAGAACGCACUUUUCAUAAAGUUUAUGAAUCGGUCUGAAGUUGCUGCUAGUAAUACUGCAAACUACUCUACUACACCACCAUACAGCUUAUACACAAUCAUGACCAAAAGGGAUUAAACAUGAUGAGGCGUUCAGAGUCAGAUCAGUGUGAUCCUCUGAUGUUUGCUGCUUUAUUUAUAAAUCAACUAUCACUCCUAUCAUUCUUUUUAGGGGAAAAACAUGUUUGAAUGACAAAGACUUUAUCACUUUAAAGUGCUAUUAUCCUAGCAAGAAAGGAUUCAGCUGAACCAGGUAGUCAGAAGUCUCAUUACACUAUAUUCUCUGCAAAUGUUGUAUGAAAGCAAAUUAUGCAGUAAUGCAUUUCAGUGAUAUCAUUUUUCCCAAAUAUCAAGUUGUUUAGCAAAAAAAAAACAAAAAAAACUUGCUUUCAUUUUUGGGAAUAUUGAUAUCCACUCAGAGUAUUAGUCAUCAUGAAUGUAGUACUCUUUUUAAAUGUCAGAUGUAAGUUAGAAUAUUGAAAAACAACUCCACCUCUGUUUCUUAGCUGUUGUCUUCUUAACCCAAACCUUCUUAGGUUAAAACUGAAGUGACGAUUGCUUUCUCCUGCUGGAUGUGCUGAUUCUGACCUUUUUAAACGCUCACAGAAAAAUUGAAUGCAGUCACUAUUUGAUGUCCAUGAUCAUUCAAAUCUUUUCUUUUUCUUUAAUUGUGUCUCUGCUUUUAAAAGUAAGAGAGGAUGCAUUUAGCCAGCGUGUAUCUGCAGCAGUGUGAUACUCAUCAUGAGUUACGAGUUACUUCUCCCAAGGAGCAGUAACUCGUUCAACAUUCAAAAUGUUUAUUUUGAAAUCACAGUAACAUUUAAUAGUUAAAUUUAUUUCUGUAUUCCUAAGGUCAACACUGCUGUGGAUGCUAUCAGGCCACAGUAUCUAUAUGACAAAGAAGAGGAAGAGCAGAGCAAAAUUAGCCACAGGGGAAAUAUAACAUGUUGGCUCAGAUAAACAACCGCUACGUCAUUCCACUGUGAAUUGGUGAGACAAUAGUCAUUGUACAUUGUGGCAGGACUGUUUCAGUUUUAGGCAUAAAAUCAAUCACCUCACAGUGCAUCGGGUCUGAAGGGCCAAUAUAUUUCCCAGAGCAGUCCUUUAAUACCUGUAGACAAAAGCAGAUAACAAAAUAAACAUUCACAUGUCAAGUGGAAACAAGGUCACCAAUUAAACCCUUUAAUAGAAUCACAGCUGUAAUGAUCUGAGCCGGGGGCAGCAAUAAAACACACUGUUACAUCCUAUUAUCUCAAUAAUCAUUAUCGUCCUACUAAAUGGCUGUAAAAAUAUGCUGUUGUGUCACUGCUCAGCCCUCUCAGCUGUUAGCAGGUGUAUCGUGCGUGUCGUGCCGUAUGCAUGUGUGUAAAAGUAGAAGCUAAAUCUUGGGUUAGAGUUUAGGCCAAGACUUUGAAUGCAACUGAAGUUACCAAGUCUGAUGAAUUUUCUUUUAGUGCAUUUAGUGCUGCUUUGUAACACAAAGUCUUCUGAGCUUCAUCAUUUUUUUUCCAUCCAAAAAAAAGAAAAACAAUAGCUGACACUUCUUCAUGUCAUCUCACCAGUGUUUUUCACAAACAAGGUUUAUUUUUGAGUCACAUUUAUUGUGGCAUUAUCAUUAUCAGUGAGCCCCCAUUGUUUUACUUUGAAUGUUUUUAAUAAUGAACUUUUCUUGUCAUGUUUCAGACAUCAAUCAACAACUGACAGCAGUGGCUGUCACUGCAACCCACAUCAGGGUUAAUUUUUAUUUUUACUUUAUGGAGAGCAUGGCUUUGAAAUUCAAAAUUCUUUCAAUCAGCUGUAGGUCUGAAGUUGUUGUUGUGACAUGGCUUUCUGCCUCCCCUCUGUCUAAAAGGCCUCAUUAUUUUCCAUAUGGUCACAGCAUGUGUUCAUGGAGCUGUUCAUGGGUCUCCAGCAGACCUUUCUCCCACACAGCCAGAGCAAGCCAGGCCAUAUUUGUCAUUCAGCCGUGACCACAUGGUGGCACUGUAACUUCACUAUCCUGUUACUGAGCAAGCGUUACAGGCUGAGAUAUGGACUGCUUUUAUAUAGAGCGGUUUUAUAUCGUUAUGGGGAGACAAUGAAACAGAGGAACCUGCAUACGGGAUUGUUUCUCCUCUAUUGGUUCAUUCAGUGAUAUUUAGACGUCUGUUGCUCUUCAUUAGAGAACCUCAGGUGACAGUUAAAGGUCAAAAUGUUGCCAUGUAAGCCAGUUACUGUGUCGCUGCAGCUUGCAGGUCUUAGUUACCUUCCUUGGAGAACGGUAACACUUGUGUACAUGCUUUCCCUCAACGCAAUAUCACUUACCAGGUCGUUCAUCAGUUAUGUGGCAGAGACUGAAUUCUAUGAAUACUGUCUCAAUAUGCAGCUACUGUAAAUUAUACUGUCAGCUAUGUGUACGUGUUGAAUAUGAAAUGUUAAUCAUGAGCUGUAAAGUGUAUUUAUUAAAUUACACUGAAGAAGAUAUUUAUCUUUCAACCAGCAAAAUGUUACCUCUAUUAUUUCAGCAAGGAUUCCACUAUUUGUCUGUCCUGUCUUUGGUGUGUUAAAUGUAAUAAAUCUCUUCAUU